AGCUCGUCGAGAGGACACUAGGGGACACGAGUACAGGAGGAGAGAGGAGAAAGGAGGACAGAGGAGACAGGGAGACGGGUGCUGCAGCCAUGUCAGAUGCACCUUUGCAGAGGAACGGCACGGCCAAAUCCUCGAUGUCGUGUGAGGAGGCUCAGCUCCACAAAGAGCGGCUGAAGGCCUUGGCGGAAAAACGAAAACGACAAACAGAGAUUGAAGACAAACGGAAUCAGCUAGAUGAUCUGGUGCUGCAGCUUCAACAUGUUAAGUCCAAAGCCAUGCGCGAUCGAUGGCUCCUCCAGGGAAUGGGACCAGAAGAAGAGGAGUCUCGACGGAAACAGCUGGAGCUGGAUGAAGAGCAAGGAAGGAGACUGGAACACAUGAUACACAGGCUGGAGUCAGAAAUCGGUGCACUUGAGAGCGAAGAGUCUCAGAUUUCAGCCAAAGAGCAAAUUCUUCGGGAACGCUUAAAAGAGACAGAACGCUCCAUAGAGGAUCUGCAAAAGAGUUUGCUGAGCAAGGAUGACGAUGCGACCGGCCGCAUGUCCGCACUCCUUUCGGACUGCAUGGAGCCCGAUCCGAACCACCUAAUCCUAGCUGCACAGCCCUGUGGUGGCCCUCCUGCCUCCGUAGAUCACGCUGCACCAAGACCAGCGAUGUUCGCCAUGGAGAUCAACGUGCAGCAUGACCCUCGGACCGGCGAGCAGCGCAUCCUGUCGGCCAACCGUGUGAACCCGUUGGAUGCAGCUCAGCGUGGAGUCAAAGUCUACGACGACGGACGAAAAGUGGUUUAUGAGGUCAUGUCAUCUGGCGGAGUGUCCACCACUACAGUGGAGAAUGGAUGGAGCUCCGCACAAGUUGAUGAGCUGGUCCAACAAGCUGUCCGGCCCGUGGUACAAGGAGGGGAUUUUGGGAAAGGUCAUGUGAGAGUGACCCCAGCUGCACCAGAGGCUUAUGUUUCCCCAGCCGAUGUUGACGAUCUGUCCCCACCCUCCUGCGCUCCACCCUCUAUUCCUUCUAGCCCACCGGCACAGGUAACGCUGCAGAGGGAAACCCGGCUGGGCAUGAUUCCCCCUUCUGCUCCCAUCAUAACCCAACCAGGUCGUUCAGCCCAGUCGGGCAAUGAAGCCAACUGUCCGCCCCAAGCCAGCAUGGAGCACCCAGUCACUAUGGUGUUUCUGGGCUACCAUGACGUUGAGGACAUGAGUGAGAGCAGACGCCUGCUCGGCUUCGACGGCACUGUGAAGGCUGAGGUCGUCCUCAUAGAUGAAGACGACGAGAAAUCCCUGAGGGAGAAGACGGUCACCGACAUCUCUGUCAUCGACGGCACCGCCGCUGACCUAGUGUCCGGGCGGCCCGCCACGUCGGAAGCCAUCAGUACGGAACUGUCAUCUGACGGCCGUGAGCAGGACAGCGGGUCCUCACCCCCUGCAAACCCUGACGCCCACACGGCUCCUCCACCUGGCCUCACCCCCGCCACAGGUGACAGCCAAACACGCAAUGUCAUGGUGUCAACAUCAAAUUGUUACCAAGCUCCUGAUGCCUGCAGAGAUCUUCUAACAACCAUGAAACCACACUGGGCGUCCGAGGAUGUAAGUGAGAGCACACCGAGAGAGCGAGUUCUGAAGACCGUCAGCUUCCAGGAAUCCGUCAGUUUCAUCACAGACGCGGCAGCAGACAUGGAGCUGGAGAGCCAGCAGAUCCAACAUGGCUGCCUCAGCGGACCUCCAGUCCAGAGAGUCGACUCUGAAGUGGUGCAGGAAAUCUGUUACCUGGACCAGGUGUUGGACGAAGCUUCAAAUGUUGCCACCAACGGAAACGCCUCCCCCUCAGAGCACACCAGGCCUAUCAGCAUCAGCGGAAACUCCCCCCACGUCAGCAUGUCCGCCCCCACCCCUUCAAACCACCAGCAGAUCAUUGUAGAAGGACAGCAACAAAGGACGCUGGUCCACCAGGAGGCGUCGGCUGUGAAAGCCAAUGGGCACGUGCUGCUGGACGAGGCGGUCCGCAGCAAACCCAAGUUUGAGCUGCGGCCGUUUCAGGAGGAGAAACGUCCGGCGAAACUCUUCUCCCCUGGGGAGGAGCAGCAAGUGAGAGUGACGAGGACACGCCCCUCAGAGGAGGUCCAGGAGCUGGAGCGAGAGCGGCAGGAGCUGAUCAAGGGUCAGGCCGUGAAAAAGAACCCUGGGAUUGCACAGCGCUGGUGGAACCCUCCUCAGGAGGUUCCUCUGGAACAACAACUGGAAGCUGAGAAGCUGGAGUCUCUGAAGAAAUACCAGGAAAGGAAACAACAGAAACAAAGCCCUUCUUAUCUCUACACACAGCCGCAGCUCUCAGGUCCUCCAACAAUGGUAACCUUUGAUCAGGGCCUAACCAGGAAGGAGGACAUCGUGGAGGAGCAGAUCGAUUUCUUCUCUGCUAGACAACAGUUUCUGCAGGCGGGAGGGGCUAAGAAGGAUGAAGCACUCCCUGCUAAUCCCUUUAAACCCUUGACGAGUAGCUCUGAAAUGGCUGCAGAGACAGGAGAAACUCAUGUGACCUGGUCUGAUGAAGGACCUACAGGAGCGUUCACGUGUGCCCGAGCUGUUAUGACCAUCCUGCCAGAGGAGGAGCAAGGCCCAAGUCCUUUCCCCCCAUCCUCUCAUCCGGAAGAGUCCGACUCGGGACUGGACGAGCUGUCUGUUCGCUCUCAGGACACAACCCUCUUUAGCUUGGAUAACGUCUCAGAUAGCGGGGCGUCCUUACCCCCAACCCCACUGCCACUCACCCCAGUGUCUCCACCGACUCCCCAGCCCACCACCCCAGUCAAUGGUCAGAGCAACGGCGGUCCAACAGAAGCUGAAUUGGAGUACCACUCAGGGGUCGUGGUCCAAAACGCCAUCCAGAAUGCCCUCCAAGCUCACAAUGGAGGCCAGUGGCAGCCGUCUGCCUGGGACUGCUCACAGCUGAGCGCCCCACUGUCCCCUUCCUCCCCUGCCACCAGCAGCCCGGUGCCAGUCUCCUCCUCGCCUUCCUCCUCUGGGGGAGCUUCCAGUCUCCAGUCACCUGUGUCUUCUAGUCCCACCCCUCCUACCCCGUCCCCCCAGCCACCAAAGGCAGAGAAUUCGUCCGAGUCCUCCGGUCCGGCUCCACAGGCGCGGCUCCUGACACCGUCUCCUCCACAUUCUCAGCCCGUUUCUCCACAGCAAAGACCCAGAAACGGAGGCCCCAGGAUCAAAAUCCAGUCCUCUUACACCCGAGCACUAGCCUCCUCCAACACGGCUCCAGCGUCAGCUCCAGCUCCUGCAGAAGCGGCUCCAGUCCCCAGACCUGCCGCGGUCUGCCGCCCCCCGUCCCCACCGACCCCCGACAAGCCCGAGUUCAGCUACUUCAGUAAAUACUCGGAGGCCGCUGAGCUGCGGAGCACCGCAACAGCAACGCGAGGCCCAGAGGUUGAGGCAGCCAGCGGACCCUUCCGUCUGCGCUCCAAGAAGCAGAAAACGCUGUCCAUGAUUGAGGAGGAGAUCCGGGCGGCCCAGCAAAGAGAGGAGGAGCUGAAGAAGCAGAGGGAGGCGCAGCCUGCCGUUGUCACUGGGCGUAACAGUAGUGGGCCUGUGAGGACCGGAGCGAGGCAGACCACCAUCUCCCCAGCAGAUAAGAUGAAGAGCAACAGCCUGCCAGCACGUCUCACUCUGACCACUAAGACAGCUCCAGGGAAGAUCGAGAAAGUGCGCCCCGCCCCACCGGUCUCUCCCUCCCCUUCGGAAGGAGCGCUGUCCGACGCCGGCAGUGAGGACUCGGCAGGGUCACGGCCCAAGAACUUCAUGCAGACACUUAUGGAAGACUAUGAAACACACAAGGUGAAGAGGAGGGAGAAAAUGGAGGACAACAGUUAUGCCCAUUUGUUGCUGGCUAAUGAGGUAACCACAGAGGUUCUGGAGGCCACCAGAGUGACCCGGAGGAAAAGCAACAUGGCUCUGAAGUGGGAGGCUGGUAUCUAUGCCAACGAGAAAGAAGACGAAGAGGAGGAGGAGGAAGAGGAGGAGGAGUGAGCAGCUUUCAUUGGAAGCAAAGGCUGAGAAGACAGGAGUACAGAGAACUGAAUAAUAUUUAUUUCCUCUAAAACAGCAUCUUGUUGGUCACAUGACCCCCUCUGGUGUCAGCCAGUGGGGAGGGGGGUCAUCAGUGACAUGUCAUCAGAGUUUGAUGAGUGAAGUGACUCGGAGCGAGAUUUAAAGGCAUUUGGACUCAAACUCAAAGAACAGCAUCCAGAUUUGAGUAUGUGGCAGUUUCCACAGCUGAUAGUCUCCAGGGAUUUCAUAGGAAUUUUUGUUCUCUGUAAGUUUUCACAUGAGAACCGUUUUGGGUCUAAUGAAAGCAGGAAAACAGCAUGAAAGUUCAAACAAAAGGCUUUGGAUGGAAGCUCGACGACUGCUAAUGUUCCAGAGGAGCAACACCAAAGGGCAGCAUUUUUGUGGAGUGGAUGUUUGGUCCCAUGUUGUGCCACAGCCCCCCCCCCCCCCCCCCUCCCCCCCUUCAUAGUGCAGUUCCAACAUAAAGCCUCUUUUCCUUGUCUGGAAGGAAACCUGCAACCUUUUGCCUUAGACUAGCGGCAGUUAUUGGUAACAACAAACCUUUAUUACUGCGGCAUUAGUAGAUCAAUCAAACAACCACAUUAGAUAAAAAGUUUCUCUUUGAUAUUUAGUGACUUUUUUUCCAUAAACCGUAACUAGAAGGACAAUAUUUGGGAAAAAGGGUGAACUAAAGGGCUGGCCGGGCUUUUAUACUCCCUUCUAUGAUUUUGUUGUGGCUUUCUUGACAUCCUUUUCUGAUGUAAGCAAUGAUAGAUGUACUGAGGUAGGGCUGUAUUUGAUGUGUAUCAGCGCUAUACUUUGCAAACUGAGAACAAGAUGGGAUGAAAUAAUCUUGAAAAAGCUUUUUAUGAGGUUUUUUUUUAAUCACCAAACCAGAAUGUUGUUCAGUGAAAGGGAGCAGCUUGUGCUCUGGAACAAGAACACCAGACUUUAGCUCCGUUAUUAGAAUCCAUACUGUAACAAGGGGCUUGAGAGUUUUUUUUUCCUUCAUUACAUUACUUAUUGUUAUAUAGUUGUUUAAAAAAUGAUGCUGAGAGAUGGAAAGCCUCCUGAAUGUUUUCCUUCCUUCAUUUUUUUUGCUCUACUUUUUUGCUCAUCAAGUGGAAAGAAAAAGGAGAGCAAAAGCGACACUUUCCAUCACGUUUCUGUGGCUUUUCCCGUCCAAGUGUCCUUCAGCAAGUCUCAAACCUCCGGUUAAACGCCAAAAAAAAAAGUAAAACCCACAGAGGUAAGCCUUUGAGAGUUGGAUUUUGUUUUUUAAAGAGCAAACCACUUGGUAGUUGCUGCACAGCAAUUUUCUUUAGCAUAGAUUUACAUUUCAGUAGAAAUCAAACUCCAAAACACACUUUUGAGUUGUAAAACAGGAAAAAGCUGCUCAGCUGUAGUAGUACAGUUAUAGUACAACACUAUAGUGAAUCCUUCUUUAAAGGAAAUAGGUCUUUCUCACCAUUCCAGAUGCUAACAGAUGUUACAGACGGAGCUUUUGCUGCACUCUGAGUUAUACUUAUGAACACGAGGCUUUUGGUGUUUGGAAUCAGUAUUUAUCAUUCUAAGAUCUCGUUUCUCCUGCUGCAGACUCAGCAGUGAGAGUUUCACACUCUAUUUGUGUGUUGAACUUAUUAUAUAUGAUAUUUAACCUCUUCCUAUGUUAACCACUUGUACGCUCAUAUUCAUUUUCUGUUUUCCAGAUCAUGUAAGGCUGACAUUUGACCACAAAUGCGAUCAACAUUUUUCUCAUUAAAAGGAAAAGCUGGA